UUCUGUCGUGUUACCAAUAUGAAUAAAUUCAAAUCGUUAAAAAAAAAAUUAAAUGAUUUUUAAAAACUUAAAACAUUUCAUUACUUACUCUUUAAAAUACAGUAAAAGCUUACAUAUUUAAAAAAAAAAAAAGUUAAAUAAAUAAAAAAAAAAUUUUUUCCAAUGAACGAAAGAGAUUUGACGAUUGACAAUAAGACCUCGUGUAUAAAAAUAGGUUUUUACCAUCCCUGAAUAUAAUUGUAUUGUAUUGAGUUAAUUUUAAACAUUUAAAUUAUAUGAUAAAUUAGUUAAUUUUGUAAAAAUUUAUUUUUCUAAUAAAUUAUUAAAUAAAAUGGCUUCAAGAAUAACAAUAGCACAAGCAUUGGGAACAGAUGGAAGUGAUUUCACGCAUAGACAAAAAGUUGCAAGCCAAUAUCAAACGAGCGCCAUGAAUAAAUCAAGACUGAAAAAAUGUAUAUUGUUUCAUUGUAUAUUAUUUUUUGUUAUGCUUACAAAAUUACUUCCGGAUAUAUUAGACCGUCUAGAUAUAUUUAUAUUAGAGGUUGAAGAAUUACAAAUGCCAAAGCCUCUAUGGUGGGAGUAUAUUUGGUUAUCAAGUAUUUUAGUGCCAUUUAUUGGUCUAUCAGCUUUAAAAAAAAAUCAAAUAAAAUCAAUGACACGUUUUAUGUAUGGAAUAGUUAUUUUAGGAUUUGUACCAUUAAUUUAUGCUAUUGUUUAUUAUAUUUCUGAUGUAUGGAUUUAUUUAACUGCUGGAAAAACAGAAGAUAUACAAUUGUGGCAGGAUCUACCUUAUGGUUUAUUGUGGUAUGCAUUCAUUUUAGCUGCUUGUCAAGUACACGCCUUCUCAUUGUACUUCUCAUCAAAAUUAUUAUUGGCGUGGAAAUCAAGAGGCUUAAGAAAAGUUGAUUAAAAAAAUAUCACAGAGAAAAUAAAUUUAACCAAAAUUUGUUAAUAACAAUAAAGAAAAUAAUUUAAUUAUAUAACAAAAAUUCAGAAUGUAUUUUUAAUAAUAAAAUGAAAU